UUGGCACGCGCAUUUACGCUCGGUGCUGAGACCAAAUCCGCGCUCGUGCACUAAAUCUAUUUACUCCUCGGUAGUAGAGAGGGCCGUGAUCGAGUCGCUCUGCUCCGUGAACCACACAAUCCGCUCGGUUCAAGCCUCGGACUCACGUUAAAGCUUGCAGAGAGCGGCGGCGGUCCCUCGCUGACACACACUGACAGAGCAGGAGCGGUCCGGAGAGGAAGAAUGGCGGAUUCGAGCAGCACCGCAGCGGUCGGGGCCGCAGGCUCCAACAGCGCUGCUGCUGCCGGGGCGGCGGGCACGGUUGCGCAGGAAGGAGCGCCAGCACCCGGACCCAAGACCGGGUGCGAGUCGGUGAAGGGCCAGAUGUUUGAUGUGGGGCCCCGCUACACGAACCUGUCUUACAUCGGGGAAGGGGCUUACGGGAUGGUCUGCUCCGCUCUGGACAACAUGACAAACUCGCGCGUAGCCAUCAAGAAAAUCAGCCCAUUUGAGCACCAGACGUACUGCCAGCGCACGCUGAGAGAAAUCAAGAUCCUGCUGCGUUUCCACCAUGAGAAUAUCAUCGGCAUCAACGACAUUCUCAGGGCACGGAACAUUGACAGCAUGAGGGAUGUCUACAUUGUGCAGACUCUGAUGGAGACGGACCUGUACAAGCUGCUGAAGAGCCAGAGGCUGAGCAACGACCACGUCUGCUAUUUCCUCUACCAGAUCCUGCGAGGCCUCAAGUACAUUCACUCAGCCAACGUGUUGCACCGUGACCUCAAGCCCUCCAACCUGCUCAUCAACACCACCUGCGACCUCAAGAUCUGUGACUUUGGCCUGGCACGGAUAGCCGACCCCGAGCAUGACCACACAGGUUUCCUGACCGAGUAUGUGGCUACACGCUGGUACAGGGCUCCAGAAAUCAUGCUCAACUCAAAGGGCUAUUCUAAGUCCAUUGACAUCUGGUCAGUGGGCUGCAUCCUGGCUGAGAUGUUGUCCAACAGACCCAUCUUUCCUGGGAAACACUAUUUGGACCAGCUCAACCACAUACUGGGUGUCCUUGGCUCUCCAUCUCAAGAAGAUCUGAACUGCAUUAUCAACAUGAAGGCAAGGAACUACCUGCAGUCCCUGCCCGACAAACCCAAGGUCCCCUGGGAGAAGCUCUUCGUCAAGGUGGACUCAAAAGCUCUGGACCUGCUGGGCCGCAUGUUGACCUUUAACCCCAUCAAGCGCAUCAGUGUCGAGGAGGCCCUGGCUCAUCCUUACCUGGAGCAGUACUACGAUCCCACAGAUGAGCCAGUAGCAGAGGAGCCCUUCACUUUCUCCAUGGAACUGGAUGACCUUCCCAAGGAGAAGCUGAAGGAACUGAUCUACGAGGAAACCGCUCGUUUCCAGGCAACCUACCAGGGCUCCUGAGACAUGCAGCCCUAAAGAUCGACAAAGCCACCCAGAGGCUUGGAACAAGAAGUCCCCAAACGACAUGCUAAAACAAAAGAAAAAUGCAUCUUCAAGAAAACCAACAAAAAGAGAAAACAAGAAAUAUGAACAUUUAACUGCUUAUCUUUCCAUUUCUACUGCAAGAGAGCUAAGUUUAACUUUAAUUUCUGUGGUUGGGUGGGGUGGUCGUGUCUGGCGUACUCAUACUGUUUCAGUUUUGUCCAUGUUGGACUCGCCCUCCUCUCACCUCACAUUUUGUUUUCUCGUUUUCCCGUUCAGCGUCCUUCCUCAUCCUGUCUCAUCUCCAGUAACUCACCGUUCCUCUCCUCUCCCGUCCCCAUCAAACCCUUUUGUUCUCUUCUCCCACACCUGUCGCUGAUCUGUCUGUCUGAGCUCUCUCCUGUCUCUCCUUUCUGUCGCUCCCUCUCAUAUAAACUCAUAAUACUGUAUUAACCAACACCAUAACUCUCUUGUCUUGCUCCAUGUAAAUUACAACCGGGAAAAAUCGAGGGCUAAAAGAACGGGGAUGCUAAUAGGGUGUGUGUAUGUAUAUACAAAAAUAUAAAAGCUUUUUUUUUUGUUUUUUGUUUUUUUGUUUUUUCUUUUUAAGUGUGCUUGUCGCAGUUUUUGUUUGUACACCGUCGAGUGUUUUCAGAUCAGUUCA